UCUACGCGCAGUGUUUCGACAACACCGACACGACCUCCAGCAAGUCUCCGGUACCACGGAAUAUUUAAAAAAAUAAUUGAUAGUAACUAGUAAACAGUGGAAUUAGUGGGAAACCAUGAAGAUCUGUGCGUUUGUUUUGCUCUUUGUCUUUUGUUACGUACAAUGUCGCAAAAGCUAUGCGCCGAUCGACAAGAAUGCUAACGUUGCCUUUAUAAAUAUGGAAGGCGGCGGCAUACGACCGGCCCCGCGCAAUAUCGGCCCCAACCCAGCACCGAAGCUUCCAGAAACACCGAAGCUUCCAGAGACUCCGAAGCUUCCAGAGACACCGAAGCUUCCAGAGACACCGAAACUUCCAGCUCAACCACCAACGCCUGUUAAGCCAGCACCAUUGCCAGCACCUAUUGCACCGAAAACGCCAAACCAAAUAACUCCGAAACCAGUGUAUCCAACACCUGCAGUGAAACCAAUUUCUACCCCUGGGCCAAGAACCGUUCAACAACUAAUAACCUAUUACGAUAGCCAGGGCAAAGCUAGCGUCAUUCGCCCAUAUUCUUACAGCCAGGCAGUUAAGCAGGGCUAGAUCCAUAUAAAUAAAAA